UACGGCACGCAGUCGGUGAGGAAAGGUGUGGCAACAUUUGCCUGCGGAGGAAGUACUGGUGGUCCGUCCAUUGUAAGUGUUUGUCUUCGGUGUGGGUGGUCUAUGGGUGGAGUGCAAGACAGAUACUUUCGAUAUGAAGCUGCGGGCGAUCAAUUUUUAGGGCGUGUUGUUGCUGGGCUUCCUGUGAAUGACUCCAAGUUCGCCAUCCUACCACCGCACUUCCGCAAUAACUCGGACGACGAGAUAAAGUCGUGUCUUGCAGCGAUGUUUCCAGGACUCGUCGACGAAUUGAACCUAAGUGAUACUUUGAGGCUGUGUCUUGCUUCGCUUGUCCAGCACGCUGAUUUUUUAGUGAACCACUUGUCUACCAACCACCCCCUUCUGUCGACGUUUGUGUUCACAAACCCUACCGUUCUCAAUAAUCUGCGUUCGAAACUGGAGGUCGGAGAGUCAAGAUGGAUGGAGCCGUAG